GGGGCGAUAUACGUUUUCCAGAGUGGUAGUUUUCUGCAGCAGCAGUCAGCAGAGGAAGUUAAGCAGCAUCGUAAACAUGGCUGACAGUGGAGUGACAGAUGAACCUAUCACUAAAGAUGGCGUUCAUCGAGCAAAGACUGAAGGCAAAGAGCUGACCAAAGAGGAGAAGCAACGGCUGAGGAAAGAGAAGAAACAGCAGAAGAAAAACAAAGAGAGAAAAGAUGAGAAGGCUUCACAGGAAAGUGAAAAGAAGAAGAAGAACAAAGAAGAGAAGCCUGUCAGUGCAGCUGCCCCAGCUUCCCAGCCUCCAACACAACCCUCAACACAGAAAGCUCCUUCAGCAGUGCCUGCUCCUGCACCGGUUCCUGUGCCUGUCUCAGAAACACCUGCCCUGGCAGACAAGCCAGCUAAGAGUAAAGCAGACUUGAAAGCAGAGAGGAGAGCUCGGCAAGAGGCGGAGAGGGCCUCCAAACAGGCUGCAACAAGCAAACCUAAAGCACCGCCUAAUGAGCUGCAGCCAGUGGUGAAGAGGCUCCCAGAACAUGUCCAAGUGGACAACCCGGGUGUUUUAAAAAAACUGGCAAAGAAAUUGGAAAGACAACAGAUCCCACUCCGGUCAGACUACGGCUACAAAGUCAGCCUGUUUUCUCAUCUCCACCAGUACAGUCGCAAAGCCCCUCUAACACAGCAACUCAGCAUUCCCUCCACAGUGAUUCAUCCUGCUAUAGUUCGCCUGGGUCUCCAGUAUUCACAGGGCAUUGUGGCAGGAUCCAAUGCGCGCUCUGUUGCCCUGCUGCAUGCUUUCAAACAGGUAAUAAGGGACUAUACUACGCCUCCAAAUGAGGAGCUAUCUAGAGACUUGGUCAACAAGCUGAAACCUUAUAUCAGUUUUUUGAAUCAGUGUCGCCCUCUGUCAGCCAGCAUGGGUAAUGCAAUCAAAUACAUCAAGAAAGAGAUCUCCAAUAUUCCUAGUCAAUGCAAAGAAGAAGAGGCAAAGAGCAAACUGCUGAGCUGUAUCGAGUGCUACAUUGAUGAGAAGAUCAUCCUUGCUGCUAAAGCUAUUGCCAAGUCCUCCAUAGAAAAGAUCAAUAAUGGAGAUGUCAUCCUAGUUUAUGGAUGCUCGUCGCUGGUCAACCACAUCCUGUGCGAGGCCUUUGAGAAGAACAUAAAGUUCCGUGUAAUCGUGGUGGACAGCAGGCCUCGACUGGAGGGCCGGGAGGCCCUGAGGCGCCUUGUCCAGAGAGGCAUCAGCUGCACCUAUGUCCUUAUCUCGGCCGUCUCCUACAUUCUUCCAGAGGUAUCGAAGGUGUUCCUUGGCGCUCACGCUCUGCUGGCCAAUGGUUACGUAAUGUCUCGCGUGGGGACGUCACAGAUAGCUCUGGUGGCCAAAGCCUUUAACGUGCCUGUGCUGGUGUGUUGUGAGACCUACAAGUUUUGUGAGAGGGUGCAGACAGAUUCCUUCGUGUCCAAUGAACUAGAUGACCCCGAUGACCUCAUUGUGACCCGUAAAGGGAAGACUCAGCUAGAGCACUGGCAGGACGUGCCCUCACUCGGCCUGCUUAACCUGGUGUAUGACGUGACGCCGCCUGAUUUCGUGGACUUAGUCAUCACGGAUCUGGGAAUGAUCCCGUGCACCUCGGUCCCUGUGGUGCUGCGAGUCAAAAAUGUGGACCAGUGAAGGACCUCCUGCUCACAUCAGUCUCUGUGUUUUUGAUCUGGGGAGUUUGCAAGCUUGAAUACUUGCAUACCAAAUGCUCUUAGCAUGCAAUAAAUAUAUAUCUGAAAUGGCAUAAGCUUUUUAA